AGACAGAUAACUAACAUUUCAUGGUGGCCAGAAUGCUACUACUGUUUUAACUGAAGAUGGCAUUUGAGAAGAGAAUUAUCUAUUUCAUUGCUUGGUUCUUGCAUUUUAGUGAAGGUAUUUGUCAAAACAUCAUUGAAAAAGAUAAGGAAGUUGUUACAGUUCCUGGACAAGAUAUCUCUCUUAACUGCACCUUGGUAACAGAUGCAGAGGCAUUCAUUGUUCAGGUUGAAUGGAAGAGUUCUAAUAAAGAAAAUAAAAAAGUGGCUGUUUAUAAUCCAACACUGGGAAAAUUGCAUUACAGAAAUGAAUCUCAGGUGUUCUACAAAAAGGUUAAUGAAACAAUGCAUGCCACAGAACUAUUUUUGCACAUGGUGGACACUUCUGACAGUGGUCAGUAUUCCUGUAUAUUUGUUACAUACCCCACAGGAUCAUUUCAUGGAGUCAUUAGACUGACAGUAGUGGAUACUCAAAAAGAAAAAAUUUCACGGACUGUCAAAGGACAGGUUAACAAAUCACUGCUACUGCAAUGCCUGGAGGACAUACCUUAUGUAACAGAAAAUCAUUUCACAUUUGAAUGGACAGUGAAACAUAAUGAAACUGAAGAAUCUAUCAUUUCAGCUAAAUGGCCCAGAACUGCAGAGAAUAAUUCUCUGCCUUAUGGAAAUCAGUUUCAGUUCCACAGCAACUUAUCUCUUUCUAUUACUUCAUUAAAAUUCACAGAUGAAGAAAAAGAAUAUAUUUGCAAGAUAGGGUUACCUGGAAGUCAAAUAAGCAGACAUUUUACCAUUAAAGUGUUGGGUGAAACACUAAAGCCAGAACUGCAAGUCUUCUAUCAGUACAUUUUGCCACAUACUGUUGCAGUGAAUUCAACUUGUCUCAUUAGAAAUGCUUCUCCUGAACCAAAAGUCAAGUGGUACUUUGACAGACAACUUCUUGAAGCCACAUAUAAUGGAUAUUUGGUAACACCCAUAUAUGACAAAGGACUUCAUCAAUUGAAAUCUCUGUUAUUUCUCUCUAUCAAUGACUCACUCAAUGAUCACUCACUGAAGUGUGAAGGACUUUAUACAGAGCCCAGCAAUGAAACAGUUAGAAUUGGCUCAGACACAGUUAAUGUAUCUGCACAUCCUGCUCACAAUAUUUCCAUUAAUAUAAUGCAGGAAAAACAGUUCAUAGCGGAGGGAGAUGAUGUAAUCAUUCUUUGCAUGAGCAGUGUUCCAGCAGACAAAUACAUUUUUCUGGCUGGUAAACAAAGAACAGCUAUUCACAAUGGUACCAGCAAUGAAGUGAUUUUACAAAAAAUCAGAAGAUCACAAAGUGGAGUUUAUAUCUGCAGGCCUCAAUGGUCAGAUUUUGAUUCAUUUAAAGAAGAGAACAUUGAAAUAUUUGUGAACUAUCUGGAUGACAUUGAGUGUAGUCAUUCACAUCUCAUAGAGGUUGAAAAAUUUCAUGAUUUAAAUAUCAGUUGCUUCUCAAAUGCUUCAAAACCCCCAGUUUAUUCUUGGAUUAAGGGUGCAUCUAUAAUUUCCCACUGCAGCAGUCUAAUUCUCACAAAUAUAACAAAACCGAGAGUUGGAAGAUACACAGUAACAGCUGAAAUUCCAGGAAGCAGUUUGAAACGUCAAAAGGAGAUUAUGGUUCUCCUAGAUGAAGGUAACAUAAUGCCAUUGACGAAUAUACCAGACACUCCUGGGACAACUUUGAAUGGAUACAAUUCUUCACAAGUAGCAAGAACAUCUUAUAUUCAGAAAACAGAAGAUAAAUCUGGGAUUACGACAUCUCCAUCCAACAUUAUAACUCGCUAUACAACUGUAGACCCAGAAGGAAAAACAGCUUCUACUGAAACAUCAUCCCAGUUCACUCUCACUAAUGUAACACUCUUAAAGGAAAAUCCAAACUCCUCUGCUCUAUUGUCAACUCGUGACAAUGCUAAUUUAAUUCUAUCAGUGAAUGCUGUAUCCAUAUACAAGAAUGAAACCACUGACCCAGUAAAUGGACGCUCUGAAGUAAGACAGUUUUUGGCUUUUGUCAUUAUUCCUGUAACCAUUUGUGUAACUUUGGUUAUUAUAAUGAUCAAAAGACAUCUGUGGCUAAAGAGUCUGGAUGCUCCUCCACCAUUUAAACCACCACCUCCACCUAUAAAAUAUAAACAUGUUGAUGGAUAUGAUAUGAAAGAAAUUAUUAAAGAAUCACCUGUGGUAAACUGGUAAAAAAUACUGUGAUUUUUUUUUCAUCAUUUGUAUCUGAACAACUGUAACUUCAGAAAUGUAUCGAGUUUUAUUAAAAAAUAUAUUCAGUUUGUUUGUGUAACAUUCUCAGAAAGUCUUAUGCAACCUUAAAUUCAUUUUUUUGUCCUGUGACUUGAAUUUUAUUUCUUAAGGGCA